UGAAGGAAAAGGAAUGGAGGAAAGAGAGGUAUCAUGCAGAAUUUCAGAUAAAUUAUUAUAGUGCUCUGCUUUCAAAUAGGCCAAAUAUAUGUGUGUGCUAUGCAAAAUGAUUCCUUCCAACAAAAGGUAUGGAAGGUGGAAGAUUGUUAACUUCGAACUGAAAGUUAAUUGAACACUGACUUGUAAAGGUACUGACCCAAAGGCGCAGCAGUAUUUUUGCUUAUGGGUUCAUAAUUCCUGUGUGUGUGCGCACUUGGCUAUGAUUUGAUUUCAUUUUAGAACUCAGAUAAAUGUAAAUUUACAUGGUAGACAUUCAAACAGGCGUUCAUGAAAAGUAGCCUUUUUCAGUGCAGGACUAUGACCCAAAAAAUUAGAAAGCCAACUGUGGCAGGAGAAUAUACCUGAAAUAAAGGAAAGCUGAAAAAAAAGUAAAAAGCUCAAAUUUUAAAGGCAAACUUAAAGUGUUAGAAUAGUCAAACACAUGGGUAUUUUUAAAAAAGAACAUAAAGUCACAGAGCUAGUCACCCUUCUUGUGUUUUAUAGGUAUGUAGAUGAGGAAGAAGUGUCCAUAGAAGUAAAUGACUCUUCCAGGGCCCUUGCGCAUAUGCCAGGCCUUGAGUCCAGCUCUCUCAUCAACUUAUCUCGGGCUCUUGGCACAGAAUAUGCAGGAGGAAAAGGAGGGAACCCUUUCUUAUAGGUCCCUGAGCACCAGCCCAUUACAUUAUGUAGUGGUGUUGAAGAUACAAAACAUUAUGAGGAGGCCAAGAAAUGUGUAGAAGAAUUAGCAUUGUACCUGAAACCACUCAGCAGUGCUAGAGGAGUGGGUCUGAAUAGCACUACCCAGAGUGUUCUCAGUCGCCCGAUGCAAAGGAAGCUAGUGACUCUGGUCCACUGCCAACUAGUGGAGGAAGAAGGCAGAAUACGUGCCAUGAGAGCUGCUCGAUCUUUAGGUGAACGAACAGUUACAGAGCUCAUUCUCCAGCACCAGAAUCCUCAGCAACUCUCUUCCAAUCUUUGGGCAGCAGUCAGAGCUAGGGGCUGUCAGUUUCUUGGACCAGCAAUGCAAGAGGAAGCUUUAAAGCUGGUUCUCCUGGCCUUAGAAGAUGGUUCUGCUUUGUCAAGAAAAGUAUUGGUUCUCUUUGUGGUGCAGAGGUUAGAGCCACGAUUUCCUCAAGCCUCUAAGACUAGCAUUGGGCAUGUUGUUCAGCUUCUUUAUAGAGCCUCUUGCUUUAAGGUCACCAAGCGUGAUGAAGAUUCUUCUUUGAUGCAGCUGAAAGAAGAAUUCAGAACUUACGAAGCUUUGCGACGAGAACAUGACUCCCAGAUUGUGCAGAUUGCUAUGGAAGCAGGCUUGAGAAUUGCACCAGACCAGUGGUCCUCUCUGCUUUAUGGAGACCAGUCUCAUAAAUCUCAUAUGCAGUCCAUUAUUGACAAGUUGCAGACCCCAGCCUCUUUUGCACAGAGCGUUCAGGAGCUAACAAUCGCUCUCCAGAGGACUGGAGACCCAGCAAACUUGAACCGCUUAAGACCCCAUUUGGAGCUAUUAGCAAAUAUUGACCCUAGUCCAGAUGCUCCUCCUCCUACAUGGGAACAGCUAGAAAAUGGGCUGGUUGCUGUGCGUACCGUGGUACAUGGCCUGGUUGAUUAUAUACAGAACCACAGCAAAAAAGGAACAGAUCAACAGCAGCCUCCACAGCAUAGCAAAUACAAGACAUAUAUGUGUCGAGAUAUGAAGCAGAGGGGAGGAUGCCCUCGUGGAGCCAGCUGUACAUUUGCACACUCACAGGAGGAACUGGAAAAAUUUCGUAAAAUGAACAAACGUCUGGUUCCUAGAAGACCCCUGAGUGCCUCUUUGGGUCAGCUAAAUGAGGUGGGCCUGCCUUCAGCAGCAAUCCUUCCAGAUGAAGGUGCAGUGGAUCUGCCUAGCAGAAAAACCUCUGCUCUACCCAAUGGAAUUGUGUCAGCAGGGAACACAGUAACACAGCUCAUCCCACGAGGCACGGACCCCAGCUAUGAUUCUAGUCUGAAACCAGGAAAGAUAGAUCAUCUGAGCAGUAGUGCUCCUGGAUCUCCUCCUGACCUACUAGAGUCUGUCCCUCAAAGUAUUUCCACCUUACCUGUGACUCCACAUCCUGUACCUCAGAGGGGGCCACCAGAGCUGCCUCCCAUGCCUGUCACCAAACCCCUUCAGAUGGUACCUCGAGGUUCUCAGUUAUACCCACCACAACAAGCUGAUGUUUAUUAUCAGGAUCCUCGAGGAGCUGCCCCACCUUUUGAACCAGCACCUUAUCAGCAGGGGAUGUACUAUACUCCACCACCACAGUGUGUGUCCCGCUUUGUCCGACCUCCACCAUCUGCUCCUGAAGCUGGUCCUCCAUACUUGGAUCAUUAUUCACCAUACCUCCAAGAUCGUGUUGUAAACUCUCAGUAUGGCACACAGCCUCAGCAGUACCCAGCUAUGUACCCACCUCACUAUGAUGCCCGUCGAGUGUACCCUGCCCAGUCUUACACAGCAAGAGAAGAGAUUUUCAGAGAAAGUCCUAUACCUAUUGAGAUUCCACCUGCAGCGGUACCAUCUUAUGUACCAGAAUCCAGAGAAAGAUACCAACAGGUAGAAGGUUACUAUCCAGUGGCUCCUCAUCCAACUCAGAUCAGACCUUCAUAUCCCAGAGAGCCUCCUUAUGGCCAGCUUCCUCCUCCUCCACAGCCACAUCCUAGUCUGGAUGAACUGCAUCGUAGACGAAAGGAAAUAAUGGCCCAGUUGGAGGAAAGAAAGGUUAUCUCUCCACCUCCAUUUGCACCUUCACCAACAUUACCACCUGCAUUCCAUCAAGAGGAAUUUUUGGAUGACGAAUUGAAGGUAGCUGGGAAAUACAAAACAAAUGAUUAUAGCCAAUACUCUCCUUGGUCAUGUGACACCAUCGGCUCCUACAUUGGAACCAAAGAUGCAAAACCCAAAGAUGUUGUGGCAGCAGGGAGUGUGGAAAUGAUGAAUGUAGACACUAAAGGAAUGAGAGACCAGCGAUUGGAUCUUCAAAGAAGAGCAGUAGAAACCAGUGAUGAUGACCUUAUUCCAUUUGGAGAUCGACCAACAGUAUCUCGGUUUGGUGCCAUAUCUCGAACGUCCAAAACGAUAUAUCAGGGUGCUGGCCCAGUGCAGGCUAUGGCACCUCAGGGGGCUCCCACAAAAUCUGUUAACAUUUCAGAUUAUAGUCCAUACGGAGCCCAUGGUGGCUGGGGAGGCUCUCCAUAUUCACCCCAUCAAAACAUACCUUCUCAGGGACACUUCAGUGAGAGGGAGAGAGUUUCCAUGGCAGAAGUGGCCAGUCACGGAAAGCCCCUUCCAUCUGCUGAGAGAGAACAGCUACGACUAGAAUUGCAACAACUGAACCAUCAGAUUAGCCAGCAGACCCAGCUACGUGGAUUAGAGGCUGUUAGUAACAGGCUGGUGUUGCAGAGGGAGCCAAACACCCUGGCAGGCCAGCCGCAGCCCCCACCACCACCUCCAAAAUGGCCUGCAAUGAUCUCCAGUGAGCAGCUGAGCUUGGAACUGCACCAAGUGGAAAGGGAAAUUGGGAAGCGAACCCGGGAGCUAAGUAUGGAGAACCAGUGUCCUCUGGACAUGAAAAGCAAAUUGAAUACAAGUAAACAACCAGAAAAUGGGCAACUAGAACCACAAAACAAGGUUCCAGCUGAAGACCUUACGUUGACAUUCAGUGAUGUACCAAAUGGAUCAGCCUUGACACAAGACGAUAUCAGCCUCCUGUCAAACAAGACCAGCUCUCUGAACCUAUCAGAGGAACCCGAGGGAGGAGGGGAUGACAGUGACUCCCAGAGAUCAGGAGUUACUUCAAGUUCUGCUCCCUAAAAUAUGAGGAGUCCUGCUUUGAUCUACUGCUCCUAAUCAUUUUAUGGGGCACAGGGGUAAAAGAACAGAUGACUUCUUAACUUUUUCUCUCAGAGCGGUCAGAGAAAUCCAGGAAAAGCACCGAAGGCAAUGUGCACAAACACCACUACUAAAAACAAACCCUGCACAUAGUUCAUAUUAAUGCAUUUUUUUAAUUUAAAGAAAAAGAAAAUUAGCAGUAUCUGCAAGCAAUUCAGAUUAAAUUUGUUUUUGUUCUGUGAAUGAACUUUAUUUUAAUAACUUUGGACGCCUUGGAUCCAGGGCUUUAAAAAAAAAGAAGAAGAUAUUAUAUAUACACUCUGUUUGAUUAAUUGUAUGAUCUUAAUGAAGUAGGUUUUCUUGUACUUUGGUAUUAUUACAUACCCAGUGUAUAAUUCCUUACCUCCAAUCCUUCCUCUCACCACCACAUAAACUAAACCAGAAAGAAAACACUGGCAUUUCUGAGACUUCUGUGGUGCUUAGAGACAGUGGUAGACCAAGUGAUUAGAAAAUGUGCAGCAGACUAAAUUUUUCAGAGCUGUUCUGUGGAAUUCUUUCCUUUCUGGACCACUAACUUCAGGAAUAGAUUUUAUGUUUUCCUUAUGACAUUGAAACUUUGAGUUCCUCAUUUGCAUGUUAAGGAUCCUCUGCAUUUUCUUAAUGUAAUCAAAAAAACCAAUCUGUUGUUUACAGUGUUUGAUUAGAUUUAUAUUACAUUUAUUUUAGGAAUGAACUGGAACUUGCUAGUAUUGAAGAUACACAGCUGGUAUAUUGUCUGUUGAACUCAUGGUCGUAAUAGGAAACUUGAAGUUUUGCUUUCUGAAUUAAACUUGCUGAAAUCCUAGGAUAACUAACCAUGUUUUAAAAACUAACACUUGAUUUGAACUUAAAAUUAAGAGGUGGGGAUACAUUAUUUCAGAGAGUUUUUGUUUUCAUUUUCAGAACUUAAAAGCAUAAAAUAAAAUUUCUGUAUACUGGAGCCCCUGGCUUUCAGAGAUUUGGCAAAUACAAAUUGAGUCUUAAGGAUAGUUUAUUAGAAUUGCUAGCAUAAAUAGGUAGUAAAUACCUUACAGUCAGCUUUCAUAAAAUUGACUUUCUAGCAUUUGAAAAGCUUCUUCUUAGCUGGAUGUGGUUGCACCUACCUGUAAGCUCAGCACUCUGGGAGGCUGACACAAUAACUGCAAGUUGGAGCCCAGCCUGAGGGACUUAGGGAGACUCUGUCUCAAAAUAAAGGCAGAAAAAGAGGCUGGAAGAUGGAACUCAGUACAGAGGCCCUAGAUUAUAUCCCUAGUACCUUAAAAAAACAAAACAAGAAAAAACUUCUUCGUGAGAAUGUUGAAGAGAGGAAGAAUUAUUAUUAUUAUUAUUAUUUGGUUGUGCUGCACAUAUUCUGAUGCCACAAGUCUAUAUUUAGCCCCUUUAAAACAUUUACUGGGGAUUGUUUUUUAUAGUCACUCUUUCUCUCCAUCCUAUAUUUGCCUUAUAUUUUCAAUUCCCUUUCUGGAUUAUACUACUAAAUCAGAAAGCACUGGUUAUGUAAUAAGUUACUGCAUUGCUUUGGUUGGGUAAAGCAAACGUUUAUAUUUUUCUUGUUUCUUAUAUUCCUAACCCUUAACUCCUGCUGAGGUCGUAAUAACCUCAGUCUAAGCUCCGUGUCCAUCAUAUUAACUGAAACAAUGGGGGUGGGUGGGAAGGGUAAUACAGUCCUGCCAUUGCCUACCAGUAGGAGAGUCCAAACAGAACACUCUUUUGAGUAGCAAUUAUUUAAUUUGCCCAGUCAAGGCACCGUGUUUAUAUACUAUUUCACAUUGAAUUUGAUUAUGCCCUACAGACCUGGCUGGUCAAGGAUUUGAUAUACACAUAUUGGCUUGGGAUUCGAGCUUUCUUUUUUAUUUAAAUAAAAAUUUAUAUAUAUUAUAUAUACAUAUAUACAUAGCUAUAUCUGUAUAUAUAUUGGGUAUGUUUUACGGAUUUCUUCACAUGAGCGCAGCUGUUGCGAUAAAAAUGACUGAUUGGGAGGUAAAAGCACUGAAUGAAAUUGAGGUGUUUUUCUCAGUUAAAAUAUACAUUUUCCUUUUUUUUCACACAUACAUUUGCUUUUUUGGCCUUUUUUAGAAACUUAAACCCUCUUAAUUUAUACUUUAAAUACUUUGUUGGGAGAAGGAAAGAAACUUCUGUUGUGUCUGACAGACUCUAAAAAAGUUUUCAUUUCUCUGUGUAACUAUAAAAGACAAAAUAUGUUACCUUCCAUAGGCAGAUUUGGUUAGACCUUCUUUCUUCUUUGAAUAUGUCAGAUAAUUUCUAAGUUUUAUAAGCAGUUGGUUUACUUUGGAAGUUACAGUGAUUGACUCUGGCAUUGGGAAAUAAUUUAUAGAUACUGGGUUGGUUGAGAUUCAGAAAAAAUAUAGUUACAUUUUGAGUAUGUAUUGAUUGCGACUCCUAAUAACUCAAAUUUUGUUAUUUUUGUUCUUAAUCCUCCAAAUAUGCUAGUGUCUUUCUUUAAUUUCAUUUAGGAGCCACAUAAUCUUUUAAAUUGUAGUUUGAACUCUGUACCCCUUGAAGGCCCUGUACUGUAGUCACGGUCUUGCUGGGUAGGAGGAGUAGUGUACUCCCCUGUUACGCCUAAUUCAGCUAUUUUAUAUUGGUCGUUCAGCCUAAUGCCUAAUGAAAAUUUCGUAUAGCUUUUCUAGUACCCACCAACAGGCUUAUGAAUUCAGUAAAACCCCUGAACUUUGGGAUUUGGUUUGUUUGGUUUUGAGCUUCCUUUUCCUUUUCUCAUACACUUUGUGCUAUGAGAAGCCAGUAUGGAUAAGUGGCUGAUUGAGGCAUAACUACUCGACUCUUUACCUGCUUUUUAAAUCCAGAUUCACAAAGCACUGAUUUUUUUAUUCUGGCUUUUAAAUUUUAUUAGUACCUUCAGAAACAUUAAGACCUGAAACCAAUUAGGUAAUAUAAUUCUCUGCUUUCUUGUUGAAAUAUUAGUAUCUUCUUAAUAAAACUGUUUGCGGGGUCGGGGAUUUAGCUCAGUGGUUCUGCUGCCUACCUCACAAGCACAAGGUCCCAAGUUCGACCCCCAGUACCAAAAAAAUAAAUAAAAAUAAAACUGCUUUCUCCUGAAUUCAAAAGCAAGACUUGGAUAUCUCAUAUGAACAUGAGCACUUCUGAAAGGAUUAAGGUAGGAGUAAAGAGCGUUAUGGUCAUUCUUAUUUAGAUAACACAGCCAGGGGUUUUAUUAUAGUGCGAAAUGUAAAUACUCUGGCUUACUCUGUUUUGAAGUCGCUAGGCAGGGGUAGAAGAACUGAGUUAAUAAAAUAUCCAGACACUAUUUCCUAUCUCACAUGUAGUUUUUUUGACUGAUUUCUAGAUACUGUCAUAAGUGUAGUAACUGCCCUCUCUUGGAUAAUAUAGAGCCAGAAGUGACCAAAGAUCUAUUCUUUAUUAUUUUUCUAAUUAUAACAUAAGUUUGUAGUAAUAUUAUUGAUAUGAUAAGCAUUAUUCUUAAUGUCAACUACAAGUACUCAGCUACUUAAAAUGUAUAAGAAAAUUGUUUGGUAUAACAUUAAUGUGAGCAAUUCCUUUCUCCCAUCUUAUUUCCCUUCCUUUUUCCUAUUUUUUUCCCAUGUAUUUAUUCUUUUGCCUAAAAUCAGAAAAUUGGUAAUAUUCUUGUUUGCUACUUUGAGUAUACAACUCCAUCAGACUUUCCAUGGGUCUUCAGUUUGGAGCUCAAAAUUUGAUUUCUUAGUUUUCCUGAAAUAACUUCUUUUCCUAAUCUUUUCCAUUCCACAAUUUUCCCUUGACUUACCCACUGCCCUUCCCAGUCUGUAACAGUGACAGUUUGCUGCCUCAAAACAGAGCAUUCAAAUGAAUUCGCUUAGCCAAUAACUUCUGUGAAGUUGCCUUUCCUAAUGGUGUUAUUACUCAGUGAUGCACAAAUGUGGUAUUUGCCCUACUGGUAGGCAAACAAAGGUCUGGUUAAGAAUGGUAACCUACUGUUUUCUUUAAAGGAGAGCCAAAGACUUGUGCUUUACUCUGUUUUGGUUUUGGGGGGAAAUAGUAGCCAUUUUGAUUGUGAAACCUUUUAGCAUCUGUGAGUUCAUUGUACUGUUUAGAUGUAUCCAAAGUUAACUGUUCUAGUUGGCCUUAUAAAAUGAAAAAGUGAUGAAAAUUCAUUUGUUUUUCUAAUGAAUGUCGUCUUUUACAAUAUUGUAAGUAACUUUCCCCACCUCCACUAUUCUUUCUUUAAUUUUUGAGAUUAUAUUGUUAUGAUAGCAUCUUUUGUGUUUUUAUGUUUUUCACUUGUGCCUAAAGGAUGAUAUACUAUGAGUAUGGUUAGGUGAUGAGACUGGAAAAUCUUAAGCAUGUAGCCAGGGAGAAAUAGUUAACUGUAAUCAGUUUAUAUAGUGUGAGUUAAACUAGAUUCUUUGCACUAAAGAAGAUUCAGUUACUUAUAUACUCAGUGGUGAUGGGUAGAAGUCUCAUUAUCUUCCACUUUCUUUUUGCUUGUUUUAAAGGCUUAAAUAAAGGUUUUAUGUAUAAAAUUAUCUGUAAAAAAAACACCUGUAAUGAUGCUAUUUCAUGAACAAAAACAGCCGUUACUUUCUAGGCAAAAUUAAUAACCUGCUUAGAAAUUAACUGCAGUUUUUAUUUACAUUUCUUAACCCUAAAAAGAGCCCAAGUAUGUUGGAAUUUUAAUUGAUGAUACAUGGUUACAGUAAUGCAGACUGAUCUACUCCUUGGGAUUUAACUCGAUGGUGCUGCACCCACCUUGCAAGUGCAAGGUCCUGAGUUUGAUCCCCGGUACUGCAAAAGGAAGAAAAAAGAAAAGAAAAGAAAAAUUAGAGCUACUAAACUGAAAAUGAAUUUUACUCUGAGUCUUAGGCAUUGAACAAACAAGUGUUGUAGGAGAAUUGCAAAUAAUAUUUUUUUAAUUUCUCAGUUCAGCAUUUGUGAGCCAUUUCAAAAACAGCUAUUUUUUCAAAGGGCACUUACUAUUAUAGUUAAUAACAAGAUUUGGAAUUUUAAGAUUUUAAUUUCUGGUUGCUGAAGAUGUUUUCAUAAAUAAUAGAUUCUAGUUGAUAAAGUAAUACUAGCCAUUAAUAUUUAAGAAUAUGGAACUGCCAAUACCAGGAAUAAGUAAAAAAUGCCUUUUAAUAGUAAGUGUGAACCCCGUGGGUGGGAUAUAUGUUCAUUACUGCACUGAACAGAGUGGAUACAAGAGCCAUUGGAAAUCCUGUUAUGAUAAAGGCACUUAGCUCACCACUGGAAUCCUUGAUUUCAUAGCCUUUAUUUUCACAAGAAACUAAGGCACAAUAACCCAAGAUAGAGAACUUAAACCUCAAGACAAUAUAACAUACAAAAAUAUGUAUUAAAAAAGUUAAAUCCUGUGGAAUUUAUUAUCUUAAGGUAUGUACUAGAUAAGGUGACUUAUUUUCUUCUAUUAAGGUCCCCCUGUUUCUAGAUGGUAUUUCUGCUUGGUUUGUGCUGCUGCGGCUGCUGCUGCUUGAACAGAGCUCACAAGUCUUUGGCAUCCACUUUAGGUUAUACGCUCAGAGUCAUCUUAUAACUGGAAACUGUCAGGUGGUUCCCCACCCCAGUAAGAGUAUAAAAGGGUCAAGAAAGGGAUGGGCAUAAAUGUUGGGUGAGUAAUUGGUUGGAUUAGUGGAGAGGGUUUUUCUGCAUUGUUUUUUGCCUGAUUUUUUAUUGGUUGCCAUUCUUAUACUAUCUGGACCAUCUCAUAAAAUAUUUUUCUGAUAUAAAGGCAUUUAAAGCUUUCGCUUCUUUUUUUUAUAUUCUAUGUGCAGCUAAGAAACUAGCCUCAGAGUGAUUUUUUUCCAGAUGCCUCAUACCCUUUUUCACCCUUUAUCUUCUCCCCACCUUCUGGGAAGGAAAGGAACUUGAAAAAAAUUUUUUCAUUUUAGUCAUUGCUAAUGAGGCCUCAUUAUCUUACUUUAUGACGACUCUGAGGCUUUUUCUAACGGGAACAAUGACAAAAGUGAAUUGGGGGGAUCGGGGAUGUAGCUCUGCGGCACAAUGUGCCUGCCUCGCAAGCUCAAGGCCCUGAGUUUGAUUCCCAGUAACAACAACAACAAAGUGAAUUAAGGUAAUGAAUAAACCCGUCAUCCACUUACGCAUUUUCCAGUUGUGAGAUUCCCCUCUGGUGUGUGGUCUCUUCCUCUUGCCAUCUCCUGCCACCCUUUCCCUGAUGAUGGUCAACUGGUGUUUAGGAUCAUACCAGUCUCCCCGAGACAUUCUGCAGUCACUAUCACCUUUUUGGGUGGAUUUUAUUUUUACUUCGUUUUUAAAAAAUAAAAUAACUUUUUAGCAUUGAUGCAUAUUUGCUUGGGAUAGAGCUUGUGUAAUUUACCAAUCGUAUUGAUUGUGCCCUGCAGAGGUAUACUUAACAAAACAAAAAUAAUCUAGGUUAAUAAAGGAGCCCAUGAGAUUUGAGUCAGGUUUAUGUGACUUAGGAAAAUAGAGUUUUGAAUGGUGAAAAUUCUCUUGUUCUUCUAAAUCAGUGCCA